CAGCAGUAUAGCCGAGUCGCAUCGCUUCGUCAAAUCCCACCACCGACCGACCGACCCCGACCGCCGGGAGAUCUGAGCCUCCAUCCCAUCCCGGCCGGGCCAGAUCAGAUCCGCGGCGCGAUGGGAUGGGAAUGGGAGACGGUGCAGCACUUGGACCUCCGGCACGCCGGCGGCCGCCGCGGGGCCGGCGCCCCCGCGCGCCCGCUGCAGCCGCACGCCGCCGCCUUCCGCGCCUCCCAGGCCAUCGUCGCCGUCGCCGUCGGCACCCACGUCGUCGAAUUUGAUGCUUUGACUGGAAGCAAGAUAGCUUUGGUUGACCUUGGAGCUCGUGUUGUUCGUAUGGCAUAUAGCCCUACCUCUAGCCAUGUUAUCAUUGCUAUCCUUGAGGAUGCUACAAUCAGAUCAUGUGAUUUCGCUACCGAGCAGACGCUUGUGCUGCACUCACCUGAGAAAAAAACAGACCACGUUUCAAUAGACACAGAAGUUCAUCUUGCGUUGACACCUCUUGAACCUAUCGUUUUCUUCGGUUUUCACAAAAGAAUGAGUGUGACAGUUGUUGGGACUGUUGAAGGUGGGAGGCCACCAACAAAAAUAAAGACUGAUCUUAAAAAACCCAUUGUCAACCUGGCUUGCCAUCCUCGCCUUCCUGUGUUUUAUGUAGCUUAUGCUGAAGGCUUGGUACGCGCCUACAACGUCCAGACAUACGCUGUUCACUACACGUUACAACUUCCGGUUGACAGUACAAUUAAGCUCAUGGGAGCUGGUGCUUUUGGGUUUCAUCCGACCUUAGAGUGGGUAUUUAUUGGUGAUAGAGGGGGCACUCUCCUGGCAUGGGAUGUAUCAACUGAGAGGCCAAACAUGAUUGGGAUUACACAGGCUGGUUCUCAGCCAAUCACAUCUGUUUCCUGGCUUCCUACACUAAAGCUGCUCGUGACAAUUUCGAAGGAUGGGGGUCUUCAAGUAUGGAAGACACGAGUUAUUAUUAAUAACAAUAGACAACCAAUGGAAACUCAUUUCUUUGAGCGUGCUGCCAUUGAAACAAUGGACAUCACAAAGAUACUCACUCUACAAGGUGGUGAAGCAGUGUACCCUUUGCCUCGAAUAAAGAAUUUGGCAGUGCAUCCAAAGUUCAAUUUGGCUGCAGUGAUUUUUCAAGAUAUGUCUGCGACAGAAGCUGCAAAGAACAAGGCUGCAUACACAAGGGAAGGAAGGAGGCAGCUUUUUGCUGUACUACAGGGGGCUAGGGGGUCAACUGCUGCUGUUUUAAAGGAGAAACUUUUAGCCCUGGGUUCAUCCGGAAUUUUAGCAGAGCACCAACUCCAGGCGCAGCUUCAAGAGCAGCACUUGAAGGGCCAGAGCAAGCUAACUAUCUCAGAUGUUGCAAGGAAGGCUUUCCUUCACAGUCAUUUCAUGGAGGGACAUGCUAAAAGUGGUCCAAUCUCUCGUUUACCCCUUGUUACUAUUUCAGAUCCUGGCAACCUUUUGCGAGAUAUUCCUGUUUGUCAGCCAUUCCAUCUGGAGUUGAACUUCUUCAACCAGGAGAACCGUGUGGUUCAGUAUCCAGUUAGAGCUUUCUACUUGGAUGGAUUUAACCUGAUGGCCCAUAACCUAUCAUCUGGAGCUGAUAAUCUCUAUAAGAAGCUUUACUCUACGAUUCCCUCAAAUAUGGAAUGCCACCCCAAGUAUAUUUCAUAUAGCCCAAAGCAGCAUAUGUUUCUAGUUGUGUUUGAAUUAAGUGGUCCAAGUGGAGUGGCGCAUGAAGUUGUUCUUUACUGGGAGCAGACUGAUUUACAGACAGUAAACAGCAAAGGAAGUUCAAUAAAAGGUCGAGAUGCUACUUUUUUGGGACCGGAUGAUAAUCAAUAUGCUAUUCUGGAGGAAGACAGAACUAGCCUGAAUCUUUAUAAUCUCAAACCAAUAGCCACGAAGGAAGCUCUUGAAAAUAAUGCUGCCGUGCUCGAAGAAGAAGAAAACACAUUUGCUGAGAAUCCUACUGCUAAUCCAACACAAAAGCAAGGUCCUAUGCAGUUUACUUUUGAAUCCGAGGUCGAUCGCAUAUUUUCAUCUCCACAAGAAUCAUCCUUGUUGUAUGUGAUCUCGGGGAAACAUAUUGGACUGGCGAAGCUCCUGACUGGUUAUAGGUUAUCUACAGACAAUGGGCUAUCUAUUACCACAAAAACUGAUGGGAAGAAGUUUAUCAAGUUAAAGCCAAACGAAACUGUUCUUCAGGUCCACUGGCAGACAACUUUGAGAGGUCCUGUUGCCGGAAUAUUGACAAACCAAAGGGUACUAAUCGCCUCUGCUGAUCUUGAUAUACUUUCAAGCAGCUCAACCAAAUAUGAUCGUGGUCUCCCAUCAUAUCGGUCAAUGUUGUGGGUUGGACCAGCUCUCAUUUUCUCAAGUGCAACUGCAAUAAGUAUGCUUGGAUGGGACAACAAAGUUCGAUCAAUCCUUUCCACUAGCUUCCCUCGUUCUGUGUUGCUUGGUGCCCUGAACGACCGUCUGCUGCUUGUGAAUCCAACAGAUAUAAAUCCAAGACAGAAAAAGGGUGUGGAAAUAAGAAGCUGUCUAGUUGGUCUUCUUGAACCUCUUCUUAUUGGUUUUGCUACCAUGCAGCAACACUUUACACAAAAAAUCGAUCUUUCAGAAGUGCUAUACCAAAUAACAUCGAGGUUUGAUAGUCUGCGUGUUACUCCGAAGUCCCUGGACAUAUUAUCUAAGGGACCCCCUGUCUGUGGAGACCUUGCUGUAUCAUUAUCUCAAGCAGGACCUCAGUUUACACAAAUCAUGCGCUGCAAUUACGCCAUCAAAGCUCUCCGGUUCUCUGCUGCUUUAUCGAUUUUGAAAGAUGAGUUUCUGCGUUCCAGAGAUUAUCCUCAGUGCCCUCCCACUUCUCAUCUGUUCCAGCGUUUCCGAGAGUUGGGCUACGCAUGCAUUAAGUAUGGUCAGUUUGACAGUGCGAAAGAAACAUUUGAGGCUAUUGCAGAUCAUGAAAGCAUGCUGGAUCUGUUUAUAUGUCACCUGAACCCUAGUGCCCUGCGACGCCUUGCACAAAAGUUGGAGGAAUCUGGUACAGAUCCUGAGCUGAGACGUUAUCUAGAAAGAAUACUGAGAGUUCGUUCAACUGGAUGGACGCAAGGUGUCUUUGCCAAUUUUGCUGCUGAAAGUAUGGUGCCUAAAGGCCCGGAAUGGGCAGGAGGGAACUGGGAGAUCAAAACACCUACCAGCAUGAAGAGUAUUCCUCAGUGGGAGCUUGCAGGAGAGGUGAUGCCUUACAUGAGAACAACUGAUGCUGCCAUCCCAUCUGUUAUUGCAGAUCAUAUCGGUGUUUACUUGGGUGUGAUGAAGGGCCGGGGUAACGUAGUGGAAGUAAGCGAAAAGAGCUUGGUUAAAGCUAUGGCGGCGGCCAGUAGUGAGAAUGGGCAACCGGCAUCUUCUGAAUUGGCACUGAAAAACAAAGCAAAUGCUGCUAGUGAUUCAGUUGGUGAUAGUCUGGCCAGGCAGCUAGGGGUUCAAAUUGCUUCUGCAGAUGAACAGGCCAAAGCAGCGGAGGAGUUUAAAAAGACUCUCUAUGGUGUUGUUGAUGCUGGAAGCAGUGAUGAGGACGAGUCAACGUCGAAGACUAAAAGGAUACAAAUCAGGAUACGUGAUAAGCCCGCUGCACCUGCUGUUGAUGUUAACAAACUGAAAGAGGCCACGAAACAGCUAGGUUUGAUGGCUCCUCCGAUCAGUAGGACAAGGUCGUCUGGAACACCACAAGAAUUCAGUCAGCCAGCAGGCCCAGCACCAUCUGCUGCUCCAGCAAUGCCGAGUGGCGCAGUCGAUUUCUUUGGAACAAAUACUUUGGUGGCGCCACCACAAGCGCUGACCGGCGGCACGGGUCCUGUAAUCGGAGGCCUGGGAGUGACAGCUGGACCUAUUCCUGAGGACUUCUUCCAGAACACCGUUCCAUCACAGCAACUUGCGAAUCGACUGCCUCCUCCAGGAGCAAUCCUGCAAAGAAUGGCCAAUCCUGAGUCUGGGAUGAACGUCGGCAGACCGGUACCUACUCAAAACAUGAUGGGCAAUGUUGGUCUUCCAGAUGGUGGGGUGCCGCCACAGGGGCCACAGCAAGGCCAGUUCCCUCAGCAACAAGGCCAGUUCCCUCAGCAGCAAGGCAUUCCUAUGAACCCAAUUGGCCUACCUGAUGGUGGUGUACCUCCACAGAGCCAGGCUCUUCCUUCACAGCCACAGGGCUUUCAACCUGCUGCUCCUACUCCUUCGCAACCAAUUGAUCUCAGUGCUCUCGAGGGUCCAGGAGCGGCAAAGCAAGCUGCUCAGCCCCCAGCGCCUAAAGCCGUGCGUCCUGGCCAGGUACCCCGUGGCGCUCCUGCUGCAGAAUGCUACAGGAUGGGUCUUGCACAUCUUGAGCAGAAUCAGCUCACGGAUGCACUAAAUUGUUUGGAUGAAGCAUUCUUGGCCCUCGCCAAGGACCAAUCACGUGAAGCCGACAUCAAAGCGCAGGCUACCAUUUGUGCACAGUACAAGAUCGCCGUUUCAUUGCUACAGGAAAUUGCUCGGCUGCAAAGAGUCCAGGGAGCUGGCACGCUGAGCGCCAAGGAGGAGAUGGGCAGGCUGUCUCGGCAUCUGGCGUCCCUGCCCAUCCAGGCCAAGCACCGGAUCAACUGCAUCCGGACCGCCAUCAAGCGCAACAUGGAGGUCCAGAACUUCGCCUAUGCCAAGCAGAUGCUGGACCUGCUCUACUCCAAGGCGCCGCCGACCAAACAGGAUGAGCUCAAGAGUCUCAUCGACAUGUGCGUCCAGCGGGGGCUGACCAACAAGUCCAUCGACCCGUUCGAGGACCCCUCGCAGUUCUGUGCCGUCACCCUCAGCCGCCUCUCCACCAUCGGCCACGACGUUUGCGACCUCUGCGGCGCCAAGUUCUCCGCCCUCUCGGCCCCAGGCUGCGUCAUCUGCGGCAUGGGCAGCAUCAAGCGGUCCGAUGCCCUCGCCGGCGCUGGCCCUGUCGCCUCGCCCUUUGGCUAAGUUUUGCGCGUGAUGGGUUCUGUUCUGUUUGCCCGAGCCUCUGUUUCUUGUAUGUAUUAGUGUGCAGUCAACAUUCUUUGUUUUGUGCUGGGUUGUUGUUGCAGUUGUGGUAAUAGCCUUGGAGAUACCAUUUUGUUGUGAUUAAUUUCUCUAUAUGAUUCUACAGAACAUACAUAGGGCUUGUCCUAGCAGAUACCGAUCCAUGUACCUAGAAGCUCUACCCAUGGCCUUUGCAACAUUUUCGCUGUUUUUUUGUUUUUUGAAAGUUCAAGUUAUUUGCAAUGUUUUGUGGUAGAAGCUCUACUCACGGCAUUUGCAAUAUUUUCGCUGUU